UUCCUGGGCAGUGUGGGAGGGAGAAGCAGCCAAAGGGCUGACAGGUGCCAUCCUAGCUCGCUCGCUCUAAACCCCCCCUGAAAUGGCUCAGAGGCUGGACGAGAGGAGUGGGGGUGCCUCCCUGAAAGGAGAGGACAAGCCAGAUGUGGAGGUGAAGCUCAUUCUCUACCACUGGACGCAUUCCUUCAGCUCGCAAAAGGUGCGCUUGGUAAUUGCUGAAAAGGCAUUGAAGUGCGAGGAACAUGAUGUAAGUCUGCCCUUGAGUGAGCACAAUGAGCCUUGGUUUAUGCGUUUGAACUCAACUGGAGAAGUGCCUGUCCUUAUCCACGGGGAAAACAUUAUUUGUGAGGCCACCCAGAUCAUUGAUUAUCUUGAACAGACUUUCCUGGAUGAGAAAACACCCAGGCUAAUGCCUGAGAAAGGAAGUAUGUACUACCCACGGGUCCAGCACUACCGAGAGCUCUUGGACUCCUUGCCAAUGGAUGCUUAUACACAUGGCUGUAUUUUGCAUCCUGAACUAACUGUAGACUCCAUGAUCCCAGCCUAUGCAACAACAAGAAUUCGCAGUCAAAUUGGUAACACUGAGUCUGAACUGAAGAAACUCGCUGAAGAAAACCCAGAUUUGCAAGAGGCCUACAUUGCUAAGCAGAAGCGACUUAAAUCAAAACUGCUUGACCACGACAAUGUGAAAUACUUGAAGAAAAUUCUUGAUGAAUUGGAGAAGGUUUUGGAUCAAGUUGAAACUGAGUUACAGAGAAGAAAUGAAGAAACUCCAGAAGAGGGCCAGCAGCCCUGGCUCUGUGGAGAGUCCUUCACCCUGGCAGACAUUUCUCUUGCUGUCACAUUGCAUCGCCUGAAGUUCCUGGGGUUUGCGAGGAGAAACUGGGGAAAUGGAAAGCGACCGAACUUGGAAACCUAUUACGAGCGUGUCUUGAAGAGGAAAACAUUUAACAAAGUUUUAAGACAUGUCAACAAUAUAUUAAUCUCUGCGGUGCUGCCAACUGCAUUCCGGGUGGCCAAGAAAAGGGCCCCGAAAGUUCUUGGCACCACCUUUGUGGUUGGUGUGCUUGCAGGAAUGGCAUAUUUUGCUUUUAUGCUUUUCAGAAAGAGACUUGGCAGCAUGCUAUUAGCAGUCAGACCCAGACCAAAUUAUUUCUAGGGUUAUAUAGACCUAGUGGUGGUAGUUCAUCCAACCAUUCUGCUCUAUUCCUUGUCUACUCUUCCAGGCCCAGUGAAGAAAUGAUCCUGGGCUGCUAUUUAAAAAAAAAAAAAAAGAAAAAGAAAACUAAUUUACUUUACUCUCUGAGUAGUUUAUGUGGAGAAGAGAGGCAGUGAAUAUGAUUUUGUGAGCUGGUGACUUAUUUGCAAGCUUGAACUCAUCCAUUCUUAAAUCAUGCACAAGGGCAAGGUCUGACUAGGUUGACAGGAAUGAAAAAAGUCUAACUCAACAUGCCAGCUUCAGGCCUGAGUGAUUUCAGGACAAAGGUAUUUGCAGACCUCAGUAGUCAACUGUGAUUUCUCAGAGUUCUUCAUUUGAGAUUAUC